CUCCUUUUCAUUCGCUGCAUGUAGUUCUUGUGUUUUCUGUGCCUCUUCUUCACUUACACUGUCACCCCGCAGAGAUUCAGCAGUGGGGAGCAAAGAUUCUCACUCAGGCUGAAAAGCUGAAAGGGACACAAGUUUCAUUCACCAAAUAGAAGAAGUGAAAGUUUGAGAACAGGACAUGGACCAAUCAAGCCCACUGACUGACAAGGAGAAGAAGGUGAUCCAGGGCUCCUGGGCAAAAAUCUACCCGAAGAGUGAUGAUGUUGGGAUGACAUCAAUAAUCAGCCUGUUUACGAAGUACCCCCAAACCAAGCAGUACUUCAGCCAGUUCAAACAAAUUCAGAAUCCAGAGGAGCUGAAGGGGACUGCCCCGCUCAGGAAGCAGGCUCACACAAUCAUGACUGCCCUCAAUAAAAUGGUGGAGAACCUUGGCAACUCAGAUGUGGUGGCCUCAGAGAUGAACGCGCUGGGCAAGUCCCACGCACAGGCACACAAGGUGGAUCCCAUGUACUUCAAGAUCAUGAGUGGUGUGAUAAUGGAAGUUCUGGGAGAAGAGUUCCCAGAGGCUAUGACUCCAGAUGUGGUUGCAGCAUGGACCAGAUUCUGGGCUAUGUUCUGCUCUGGUGUCACAGCCGUCUACGACAAGGUGGGCUGGACUAAGGUCGCAGCCUGAACUGGGUGAUGCUCUUAGUUUACUGGACCAUAUACACCCAGAAACACCUAUUAUUUUUGGCCAUGAACUCAUAAGAGAGACGAAUACACUGACUGUAAUUUGGGAAUACAGUUAUAUGUAAUUAACAUAAUCAUGAGGUGUGGAACAUACCCUCUUAAUGUAAAGAACA